AUGAGCAGUUUCAACGACACUUCCGGGUACUCGGGCAACAGCUCCACUCUGGACGACGCGCAGACGGGGGACGGUAGUCGGUUGGAGGACCAAACGUCCCCCUCACCGUCGCGCAUCAGCGGGUCAGAGAUCGACCGCCGCACAGCCUCCUUCACAGACGAGGAGGCAACAUUCUAUGAGGAUGAAUACACGAGCGGAUAUGAUACUAGAACAUACGACACCCGCACAUACGAUACGCGCACCCAUGAUGACUCAUCGUUUCCGCAGUCACCGCGUUCCGAUGAGCUAAGUUCAACGUUUGCGAGCUUUUACCUGGAGAGUGACGCCGCUCGAAAAGUCAAGUCGACUAUUUCCUUCCUACGUAAACCACUACUUUUCUUUUCCUUUGCGUUGCCCGGCACCGGUGGGAUUGGUGCUAUGUGCCGUGUGGUUCAUGCUGUCACUGUAGCUGCAGCCCAGCGCCGUGCGACGGAGAGGCCGGCUGCAUUAAACAACCUGCGCGCUUUGCCGGAUGGAUAUACGGACAUGCCCGCAUGGAUGAAGCAGGCCCGACUUGCGUUGCCCUCCUUUGUAGAAACCGCCGUUAAGAAGGUGCUUCGUUCCAGCGGUGUUCCUUCACUUGCUGACCUGCAGAGGGAGCGGUGGCGAGGUGCAAUGGAGGGCUUGAAGCGUGCGGGGGAGGAGAUCAUUUCCCAAGCCACUUAUGUGACUUCAGGGCCGAUGGUACCACUUGUGGUGUUUCUUCCACUUUUUUCGGUCGCUGUCAUUACUGUGGCUCGUCGCGUAGUUGCUCAGCAGCAUGCUCUUCACCAGGAGGAGGAGGAGGUGGAGGAGCUGGGAUUAUACGAAGACGAAGGCAUGGAGCAUAUCCCGCCUCAAGGGAGCUUAGAUGCCUCACGCAUCCCAGAUGAGAGUGAGAUUAUGCCUGAUAAGGUUCCAGUGAAAGACAUGAGUAACAACAUUGAGGAUUAUUAUGAUAACGACAAGACAGGUGCUACGGGGAACAGCCACUCGGUGAGACCCAUAAUGGGCGCACUCCAUAAGGCUCAUUCGAGCGUCCAGGCACCGUCGGAGAGCCAUACCAAUCCGCACACUAUGUCCACAUCACGGGAUUUAUCGCCCAUUUCUUCAGUGCACGAGGAGGCGUUUAAGCAUGUGUUGCCGCACCAUGCCGAUGCCGCUGCGUCCGUGGCUCUGUCAAUGGAUGAAGCCCUCCCACGUGGCAUCAGUAGCGCCCCGUACGCCCUAAAGGGUGACGCUGUGGCCGCGCUAGUGGGGAGCCCCAGUGCAAAGGAGGUGGAUGUGCUGCUUGUGGCGGCUGCCAGGUACAACUGUAGGCGUCUGAUUCUUCCGGACUCACUACCGGAGUCUGCGUUGGCGUCUAUGGCGCCGUCAUUAUCUAUAGAGCGAGUGGCUGAUGUGAUGGAAUACAUCAUGGAUGUAGAGGAGCCCCGUGGGUUGACCACCAUUGGUGUUUUUCUCCGCCCUAUCACGGAUGAUGCUGUGGAACUUUCUCUUUUCACACAUCCAAGUGCGGCGGUGUAUGUGUUUGUGCCCGCGACAGGAUCUGACGAGAAUCUUGUGGCCCACCUAGUUGACAGACGCAUUUACGUUUCAUCCUCUUUGGAGGAGCCGAUCCCUGCCAAUGCAUGCUUCUACGAUCGCUCCGUUAAGGAGAGAAGCGGCGUCGUUGUGGGCAACGGCAACGUCGCACAUCAGUAG